AUGAAUGAUUGGAAGGAUCUCAUCGAUGAAAUACAAGAAGAAGCAAAUAUUCAGAAAAAUACUGAUAAAUUAACACAACUAAUGAAAGAAUUAAUAUCACGCUUUUCCGGACUAGGAAAUUCCCCAAUUGAACAAAGUAAUUUCGAAAAAUUGUUAAAUUUCUUCCGAUUAAUGAACCAAUACAGUGAAAAAGAUUACUAUAUGCAAGUCAAUACUUUCGAAAUUCUUAUCCAUUCGAUGAAUACUUUCUCAAUUACAACAGAUCCAAAAUUAUGGGUAGAUUUAUUUCAAUAUUACGUAAACGUGAUACAAGAUUCCGAUAAAAAACUUUUACAAGUAUUGAAUUCGAGUACUAAUACCUUCUAUUUAUUUUGGUAUUCCAUACUUCGCAUCUCAAAUUUGGAUCAGAAGCUUAAGUUGUCAUUGGAAAAGGUCACAACGUCAUUAUGUCAAACAAACAUUACAAAUAACUACCUCAAAAUAUGGUCAAAGAGCUCUUAUUUGCAUCCGAUUUUUAUUCAAACAGAAGAUCUAAAAUUACAGUCAAUUAUCAUUGAUUCUUUGAUAUUCUCAAUAUUUAGAAUAGAAACAACCAUGGUUGACGAUCCAAUUGAGCCAAUAACUUAUUCUUCUUAUAACACGAGAUUUAUAAACAGCGAAGCCGAGAAAUACACAUACGAUUUACUGAAUUCCAUAUCCAAUGAGAUUACAUCUAUCAAAUUCUUAAUUAACAUCAUUUUCUUUCAAAUUAACAAAUUUAAGAACGAAUUUUUAGUUUCAAAGGGAAGUAUCAACAUAAACGUUGUUACAUUGAUGAGUAUCAUUGAUAUCAUUGUAAAAUACUACACAGAAAAGAAGAUUUCAAUAUAUCCUUUGAUUAUUGAAAAAUUAAAUGAAAUUCCUGAGUUCAAGAACUCAUGUUUCGUUCAAUUAUUUACUAUCUCUAUUUAUUAUCACUCAAAUGCCAUUUGUUACCUCAAUAUGAAGAACUUUGAACCGAAAUUUCUUCAAAUUUUCGCAGAAUUACUUUCAAUUGUGUAUUGCAAGUACUUCAUGAAACUGAAUAAGGAUAAUCUGUGUGAUGUAGCUAAGAGCUGCAAGGCUACUAUCAAAAGAACAGGUUUGGCAGGGUUUAAAGCAGAAUUUCGAUCAAAUUUGGAUUUAAUUUACGAUAGACCUGUUGAAUUUUACAGAAGGAUAUUCGAUCCAACACUUAUAUGCACAUGCCCAGAGCUUAGAAUGGUUACAGAAGAUUACCAAGAGAUUUUCAAAAUAUUUGAAUAUAUUGUUACGAAUUUUCCAGGAAAAAAGGAAGAAUUAGUGUACAGAAUAGUCAAUAUCAAUGUUCUCUUGCAUACUCAUAUAGUAGAAGUGGUAAAUAUCACUGAUAACGCUCAAAUUAUUCAGAAAUAUUUCCCUUCUGAAUUUACAGCGGUGAACUUCAUCCCAGUUUACAAAACCGCCAUUUCUAUCGUCGGUUUGAAUGCCCCUAUUGAAGAAAAAUCUCAAAAAAUUUUUAUUGACAUGACACUUUUUGCAUUUCGGAGCGACAAUCCAGAGAUCGUUUGUAUUGGCAUAGAAGGAUCUAUUCUUGCGUUUUCGCGUAUGAUUAAUAAGUCAUUUUGCUUGAUUGAACCAAUUAUCUCUGCUUGUGAACAAUUUGAGCCUGAUCCGAGGAAGACAUUGCAAGUAUUGAUGUCUUGUUAUGGUAUAGCUACGAGAAAUAAUAUGGAAAACCAAGAAACAAUCAAAGAAAAGAUAAUUCAAAUUAUUGAAAAGAUUUUUGCCAAAAUUCCUAAGGAUAAUAUAGCUGUUGGAUCUCUAAUAACCCUUGUAACUCUGAAUUCGCGUAAAUCUGAUGGUUGUUUCAGUGAAGAUUUGAAAAAUUUAAUCCGAACUUUCUUUUCUGGAGAUAUUAAGUUCUCUAUGAAUUCAUUGAGACUAUUCUCAUUCUUUUCUGAGUAUUUUAAUGUCAUUAGAUCUAAAUUCCCUGAGUUUCCAGAUAUUUUUGGAAAUAUUCUCAAAGAAAUCCUGAUAAAAAGGGAUGAUUUGUCCAAGAAUAUCUUCAAUACACUUGUUGACGUACUUAUUGACAUCACUGUCCAAACAGAAGACUCUAAAUUUUUAGAUGAAGUUUGUAAUUUCCAUAAAGACAACAAAACAGUGAUUCAAAAGAGGUCUGAACUCAAUUUCUACAAGAAUUCAGACCUAAUUGAAUCCAAUUACAACUACAAAUCCGAUCUAGUUGUAAUUACAAACAAUGAAACGCUUCACAAGCUGAAGAAUGAAGGAAACGAACUCACCAUACUUACUAAGACCUAUUUCAGUAAGUCUUCCCAUAAAGUAAUCAUGCCAAAAGCCGAAAAAUCAAAAAUACCAAAAUACGAUAAAGAAAAAACCGAAGUUCCUCCAGCAGAAACGAUCAAUUCUGAGUUCUCCCAAUCCAUUGGAACUCUUGUUGACGACAUAAUUUCGAAGAAUCAGCUGAAAGAAUACAAAUUUGAGGAUUUCAGCAAUUCUUUCACCCAGCAAACGUCUAAUCCUUCAUCACCAAGGAUGAGGCUUGAGCACAGACCCUCCAUGGAGCUGUUUCAUACUAAUGAUCCAACGACAUCCCUCUUUAUGGCCCUUUUCGGAGACAAUUACAUCACUACUAAGCCAUCAAACCUGAUAGACAUUGCUGUUGACCGUGUUUUCAGUAUCUCGCCCCGUGAAAACAUCAAAGUUGGCUUAAUUUUUGUAAAUGGCCUCCAAAAACAGAACGAAAUCUUCUCAACCGAGUGGAAAGAUACAUCAUCUGCGUUCAAAAGCUUUGUUCUUUCACUCGGCGAGGUUGUAGAUCUCAAAGAUUUCUCCGGAUUCCAAGGAAAACUUGAUACAGCCAAUUUUUCAAAUGGUCGAUAUCAUAUCUACUACGGGACACCUCGAUUUGAGCUGUUUUAUCACACUGCUCCUUUAAUGCCUAUUGAUCCAACCGAUAAACAGCAAAUUUACAAGAAGAGACACAUUGGAAACGACAAUUUGCACGUUGUAUGGGCAGAAAACACAUUUGAUUACGAUACAUCGACAAUUACGAGCCAGUUCAACGACGCUCACAUUAUUGUCUUUCCUUUGGAGAACUCCAAUUUCUUCAGAGUUUCAGUCAAACUGAAGAAACAAAUCGAGUACGAAGUCGGACCUCUUUUCGAUGACAUUAUUUUGCCUCCUGAUUCAUUGCCUUCUUUAGUGCAGUGGACAACGAUCUUGACAGACAGAAUGGUCAGGGAUGGAAUGUCUGACUCUUCUCCACACGAAGUAUUUGAUGACGACGUUUCUAAGUUAAUCAAAAUGGCUAAAUCUAAUUGA